GCCCCGGCACUGCGCAUGCGCACUCCUACAGCACAGCCCUUAGGGACUACAUUUCCCAUAGGCCCCCGCGGGCGGUGGGGGGCGGGGCGUGCUCCGGCUGGCGCUAAGGGGAGGGAGCGCAGGGGGGCGGCCGCGGCAGUCGCGGCUGCUUCAGCACCGGCUCCAGCCAUGGCCUCGCUCGUGAAGAAAAUAAUCAGCACUACCAAGGCCCCUGCACUGGGUCCCUACAGCCAAGCCGUGCUGGUGGAUCGGACGAUGUACAUUGCAGGGCAGAUAGGGCUGGAACCUUCCACUGGGCAGCUUGUCUCUGGAGGGGUAAAGGAGGAAGCCAAGCAGGCUCUAAAAAACAUGGGAGAAAUCCUGAAAGCUGCAGGCUGUGACUAUGGCAAUGUUGUGAAGACUACAGUUUUGAUGGCAGACAUGAAGGACUACAAUGAUAUUAACGAUAUUUACAAACAAUUUUUCAAGGCAAACUUCCCAGCCAGAGCAGCCUAUCAAGUUGCUGCUUUGCCCAGAGGGGCCAGAGUUGAAAUUGAAGCUAUUGCUAUUCAGGGACCUCUCCAAGAUGCUUCAGCAUGACUAUAAGUAGAGACUGGAUAUCUUACAAUGACAGUUUUAGAUUUAGUUAAUACUUCUUACAUCCAAUUCCUACAGCUGAUUAACAGCAGUUACACACAGUUUAAAUCAGUAAACUUACUGAGGAAAGGUGCUUUCUUCAGGACUUACAGCAAGUUCUCUGCUGGCAAACUCUGAAAAGUGCCUGAGUCCUGCUAAAAUCAGCUAAGCCAGAUUGUAGGACAGGACCUGCCCUUUGUGGAGGUGACUGGAUAUUCAGGUAUUAAGGUACAUACCUGGGUGAGUGUAUUAGAGUUAUACUAUGGGUGAUCUGGACAGGAAAACUAUACUGAUUUGUAAUAGUAGGUUUUUAGUAAAAAAAAUUAAAUCAGAAA